AGCAGACAAUCCAUGUUGUUGGCUCUGGCGCUUGUCUGCUGUACAGAGCAGAGCAGACAAUCCAUGUUGUUGGCUCCGGCGCUUGUCUGCUGCACAGAGCAGAGCAGACAAUCCAUGUUGUUGGCUCUGGCGCUUGUCUGCUGCACAGAGCAGAGCAGACAAUCCAUGUUGCUGGCUCUGGCGCUUGUCUGCUGUACAGAGCAGAGCAGACAAUCCAUGUUGUUGGCUCUGGCGCUUGUCUGCUGCACAGAGCAGAGCAGACAAUCCAUGUUGUUGGCUCUGGCGCUUGUCUGCUGCACAGAGCAGAGCAGACAAUCUAUGUUGUUGGCUCUGGCGCUUGUCUGCUAUACAGUGCAGAGCAGACAAUCCAUGUUGUUGGCUCUGGCGCUUGUCUGCUGUACAGAGCAGAGCAGACAAUCCAUGUUGUUGGCUAUGGCGCUUGUCUGCUGCACAAAGCAGAGCAGACAAUCCAUGUUGUUGGCUCUGGCGCUUGUCUGCUGUACAGAGCAGAGCAGACAAUCCAUGUUGUUGGCUCUGGCGCUUGUCUGCUGCACAGAGUAGAGCAGACAAUCCAUGUUGUUGGCUCUGGCGCUUGUCUGCUGUACAGAGCAGAGCAGACAAUCCAUGUUGUUGGCUCUGGCGCUUGUCUGCUGUAUAGAGCAGAGCAGACAAUCCAUGUUGUUGGCUCUGGCGCUUGUCUGCUGUACAGAGCAGAGCAGACAAUCCAUGUUGUUGGCUCUGGCGCUUCUUGUCUGCUGCACAGAGCAGAGCAGACAAUCCAUGUUGUUGGCUCUGGCGCUUGUCUGCUGUACAGAGCAGAGCAGACAAUCCUUGUUGUUGGCUCUGGCGCUUGUCUGCUGCACAGAGCAGAGCAGACAAUCCAUGUUGUUGGCUCUGGCGCUUGUCUGCUGCACAGAGCAGAGCAGACAAUCCAUGUUGUUGGCUCUGGCGCUUGUCUGCUGUACAGAGCAGAGCAGACAAUCCAUGUUGUUGGCUCUGGCGCUUGUCUGCUGCACAGAGCAGAGCAGACAAUCCAUGUUGUUGGCUCUGGCGCUUGUCUGCUGCACAGAGCAGAGCAGACAAUCUAUGUUGUUGGCUCUGGCGCUUGUCUGCUAUACAGAGCAGAGCAGACAAUCCAUGUUGUUGGCUCUGGCGCUUGUCUGCUGUACAGAGCAGAGCAGACAAUCCAUGUUGUUGGCUCUGGCGCUUGUCUGCUGUACAGAGCAGAGCAGACAGUCCAUGUUGUUGGCUCUGGCGCUUGUCUGCUGCACAGAGCAGAGCAGACAAUCCAUGCUGUUGGCUCUGGCGCUUGUCAGCUGUACAGAGCAGAGCAGACAAUCCAUGUCGUCGGCUCUGGCGCUUGUCAGCUGCAAAGAGCACAGCACACAAUCCAUGUUGUUGGCUCUGGCGCUUGUCUGCUGCACAGAGCAGAGCAGACAAUCCAUGUUGUUGGCUCUGGCGCUUGUCUGCUGUACAGAGCAGAGCAGACAAUCCAUGUUGUUGGCUCUGGCGCUUGUCUGCUGCACAGAGCAGAGCAGACAAUCCAUGUUGUUGGCUCUGGCGCUUGUCUGCUGCACAGAGCAGAGCAGAAUAUCCAUGUUGUUGGCUCUGGCGCUUGUCUGCUAUACAGAGCAGAGCAGACAAUCCAUGUUGUUGGCUCUGGCGCUUGUCUGCUGUACAGAGCAGAGCAGACAAUCCAUGUUGUUGGCUCUGGCGCUUGUCUGCUGUACAGAGCAGAGCAGACAAUCCAUGUUGUUGGCUCUGGCGCUUGUCUGCUGCACAGAGCAGAGCAGACAAUCCAUGCUGUUGGCUCUGGCGCUUGUCUGCUGCACAGAGCAGAGCAGACAAUCCAUGCUGUUGGCUCUGGCGCUUGUCAGCUGUACAGAGCAGAGCAGACAAUCCAUGCUGUUGGCUCUAGCGCUUGUCAGCUGCAAAGAGCAGAGCACAUAAUCCAUGUCGUUGGCUCUGGCGCUUGUCUGCUGCACAGAGUAGAUCAGACAAUCCAUGUUGUUGGCUCUGGCGCUUGUCUGCUGCACAGAGCAGAGCAGACAAUCCAUGUCGUUGGCUCUGGCGCUUGUCUGCUGCACAGAGCAGAGCAGACAAUCCAUGUUGUUGGCUCUGGCGCUUGUCUGCUGCACAGAGCAGAGCUGACAAUCCAUGUUGUUGGCUCUGGCGCUUGUCUGCUGCACAGAGCAGAGCAGACAAUCCAUGUUGUUGGCUCUGGCGCUUGUCUGCUGCACAGAGCAGAGCAGACAAUCCAUGUUGUUGGCUCUGGCGCUUGUCUGCUGCACAGAGCAGAGCAGACAAUCCAUGUUGUUGGCUCUGGCGCUUCUCUGCUGCACAGAGCAGAGCAGACAAUCCAUAUUGUUGGCUCUGGCGCUUGUCUGCUGCACAGAGCAGAGCAGACAAUCCAUGUUGUUGGCUCUGGCGCUUGUCUGCUGCACAAAGCAGAGCAGACAAUCCAUGUUGUUGGCUCUGGCGCUUGUCAGCUGCACAGAGCAGAGCAGAUAAUCCAUGUUGUUGGCUCUUGCGCUUGUCUGCUGCACAGAGCAGAGCAGACACUCCAUGUUGUUGGCUCUGGCGCUUGUCUGCUGCACAGAGCAGAGCAGACAAUCCAUGUUGUUGGCUCUGGCGCUUGUAAGCUGCACAGAGCAGAGCAGACACUCCAAGUUGUUGGCUCUGGCGCUUGUCAGCUGUACAGAGCAGAGCAGAUAAUCCAUGUUGUUGGCUCUUGCGAUUGUCUGCUGCACAGAGCAGAGCAGACAAUCCAUGUUGUUGGCUCUGGCGCUUGUCUGCUGUACAGAGCAGAGCAGACAAUCCAUGUUGUUGGCUCUGGCCCUUGUCUGCUGCACAGAGCAGAGCAGGCAAUCCAUGUUGUUGGCUCUGGCGCUUGUCUGCUGCACAGAGCAGAGCAGACAAUCCAUGUUGUUGGCUCUGGCGCUUGUCUGCUGCACAGAGCAGAGCAGACAAUCCAUGUUGUUGGCUCUGGCGCUUGUCUGCUGUACAGAGCAGAGCAGACAAUCCAUGUUGUUGGCUCUGGCGCUUGUCUGCUGCACAGAGCAGAGCAGAAAAUCCAUGUUGUUGGCUCUGGCGCUUGUCUGCUGCACAGAGCAGAGCAGACAAUCUAUGUUGUUGGCUCUGGCGCUUGUCUGCUGCACAGAGAAGAGCAGACAAUCCAUGUUGUUGGCUCUGGCGCUUGUCUGCUGCACAGAGCAGAGCAGACAAUCCAUGUUGUUGGCUCUGGCGCUUGUCAGCUGCACAGAGCAGAGCAGACACUCCAUGUUGUUGGCUCUGGCGCUUGUCAGCUGUACAGAGCAGAGCAAAUAAUCCAUGUUGUUGGCUCUGGCGCUUGUCUGCUGCACAGAGCAGAGCAGACAAUCCAUGUUGUUGGCUCUGGCGCUUGUCUGCUGUACAGAGCAGAGCAGACAAUCCAUGUUGUUGGCUCUGGCGCUUGUCUGCUGCACAGAGCAGAGCAGGCAAUCCAUGUUGUUGGCUCUGGCGCUUGUCUGCUGCACAGAGCAGAGCAGACAAUCCAUGUUGUUGGCUCUGGCGCUUGUCUGCUGCACAGAGCAGAGCAGACAAUCCAUGUUGUUGGCUCUGGCGCUUGUCUGCUAUUCAGAGCAGAGCAGACAAUCCAUGUUGUUGGCUCUGGCGCUUGUCUGCUGUACAGAGCAGAGCAGACAAUCCAUGUUGUUGGCUCUGGCGCUUGUCUGCUGUACAGAGCAGAGCAGACAAUCCAUGUUGUUGGCUCUGGCGCUUGUCUGCUGCACAGAGCAGAGCAGACAAUCCAUGUUGUUGGCUCUGGCGCUUGUCAGCUGCACAGAGCAGAGCAGACAAUCCAUGUUGUUGGCUCUGGCGCUUGUCUGCUAUACAGAGCAGAGCAGACAAUCCAUGUUGUUGGCUCUGGCGCUUGUCUGCUGUACAGAGCAGAGCAGACAAUCCAUGUUGUUGGCUCUGGCGCUUGUCUGCUGUACAGAGCAGAGCAGACAAUCCAUGUUGUUGGCUCUGGCGCUUGUCUGCUAUACAGAGCAGAGCAGACAAUCCAUGUUGUUGGCUCUGGCGCUUGUCUGCUGUACAGAGCAGAGCAGACAAUCCAUGUUGUUGGCUCUGGCGCUUGUCUGCUGCACAGAGCAGAGCAGACAAUCCAUGUUGUUGGCUCUGGCGCUUGUCUGCUGCACAGAGCAGAGCAGACAAUCCAUGUUGUUGGCUCUGGCGCUUGUCUGCUGUACAGAGCAGAGCUGACAAUCCAUGUUGUUGGCUCUGGCGCUUGUCUGCUGCACAGAGCAGAACAGACAAUCCAUGUUGUUGGCUCUGGCGCUUGUCUGCUGCACAGAGCAGAGCAGACAAUCCAUGUUGUUGGCUCUGGCGCUUGUCUGCUGCACAGAGCAGAGCAGACAAUCCAUGUUGUUGGCUCUGGCGCUUGUCUGCUGCACAGAGCAGAGCAGACAAUCCAUGUUGUUGGCUCUGGCGCUUGUCUGCUGCACAGAACAGAGCUGACAAUCCAUGUUGUUGGCUCUGGCGCUUGUCUGCUGCACAAAGCAGAGCAGACAAUCCAUGUUGUUGGCUCUGGCGCUUGUCAGCUGCACAGAGGAGAGCAGAUAGUCCAUGUUGUUGGCUCUUGCGCUUGUCUGCUGCACAGAGCAGAGCAGACAAUCCAUGUCGUUGGCUCUGGCGCUUGUCUGCUGCACAGAGCAGAGCAGACAAUCCAUGUUGUUGGCUCUGGCGCUUGUCUGCUGUACAGAGCAGAGCUGACAAUCCAUGUUGUUGGCUCUGGCGCUUGUCUGCUGCACAGAGCAGAACAGACAAUCCAUGUUGCUGUCUCUGGCGCUUGUCUGCUGCACAGAGCAGAGCAGACAAUCCAUGUUGUUGGCUCUGGCGCUUGUCUGCUGCACAGAGCAGAGCAGACAAUCCAUGUUGUUGGCUCUGGCGCUUGUCUGCUGCACAGAGCAGAGCAGACAAUCCAUGUUGUUGGCUCUGGCGCUUGUCUGCUGCACAGAACAGAGCAGACAAUCCAUGUUGUUGGCUCUGGCGCUUGUCUGCUGCACAAAGUAGAGCAGACAAUCCAUGUUGUUGGCUCUGGCGCUUGUCAGUUGCACAGAGCAGAGCAGAUAGUCCAUGUUGUUGGCUCUUGCGCUUGUCUGCUGCACAGAGCAGAGCAGACACUCCAUGUUGUUGGCUCUGGCGCUUGUCUGCUGUACAGAGCAGAGCAGACAAUCCAUGUUGUUGGCUCUGGCGCUUGUCUGCUGCACAGAGCAGAGCAGACAAUCCAUGUUGUUGGCUCUGGCGCUUGUCUGCUGCACAGAGCAGAGCCGACAAUCCAUGUUGUUGGCUCUGGCGCUUGUCUGCUGUACAGAGCAGAGCAGACAAUCCAUGUUGUUGGCUCUGGCGCUUGUCUGCUGCACAGAGCAGAGCAUACAAUGCAUUUUGUUGGCUCUGGCGCUUGUCUGCUGCAAAGAGCAGAGCAUACAAUCCAUGUUGUUGGCUUUGGCGCUUGUCUGCUGCACAGAGCAGAGCAGACAAUCCAUGUUGUUGGCUCUGGCGCUUUUCUGCUGUACAGAGCAGAGCAGACAAUCCAUGUUGUUGGCUCUGGCGCUUGUCUGCUGUACAGAGCAGAGCAGACAAUCCAUGUUGUUGGCUCUGGCGCUUGUCUGCUGUACAGAGCAGAGCAGACAAUCCAUGUUGUUGGCUCUGGCGCUUGUCUGCUGUGUAGAGCAGAGAAGACAAUCCAUGUUGUUGGCUCUGGCGCUUGUCUGCUGUACAGAGCAGAGCAGACAAUCGAUGUUGUUGGCUCUGGCGCUUGUCUGCUGCACAGAGCAGAGCAGACAAUCCAUGCUGUUGGCUCUGGCGCUUGUCAGCUGUACAGAGCAGAGCAGACAAUCCAUGCUGUUGGCUCUAGCGCUUGUCAGCUGCAAAGAGCAGAGCACACAAUCCAUGUCGUUGGCUCUGGCGCUUGUCUGCUGCACAGAGCAGAGCAGACAAUCCAUGUUGUUGGCUCUGGCGCUUGUCUGCUGCACAGAGCAGAGCAGACAAUCCAUGUCGUUGGCUCUGGCGCUUGUCUGCUGCACAGAGCAGAGCUGACAAUCCAUGUUGUUGGCUCUGGCGCUUGUCUGCUGUACAGAGCAGAGCUGACAAUCCAUGUUGUUGGCUCUGGCGCUUGUCUGCUGCACAGAGCAGAACAGACAAUCCAUGUUGUUGGCUCUGGCGCUUGUCUGCUGCACAGAGCAGAGCAGACAAUCCAUGUUGUUGGCUCUGGCGCUUGUCUGCUGCACAGAGCAGAGCAGACAAUCCAUGUUGUUGGCUCUGGCGCUUGUCUGCUGCACAGAGCAGAGCAGACAAUCCAUGUUGUUGGCUCUGGCGCUUGUCUGCUGCACAGAACAGAGCAGACAAUCCAUGUUGUUGGCUCUGGCGCUUGUCUGCUGCACAAAGCAGAGCAGACAAUCCAUGUUGUUGGCUCUGGCGCUUGUCUGCUGCACAGAGCAGAGCAGACAAUCCAUGUUGUUGGCUCUUGCGCUUGUCUGCUGCACAGAGCAGAGCAGACACUCCAUGUUGUUGGCUCUGGCGCUUGUCUGCUGUACAGAGCAGAGCAGACAAUCCAUGUUGUUGGCUCUGGCGCUUGUCUGCUGCACAGAGCAGAGCAGACAAUCCAUGUUGUUGGCUCUGGCGCUUGUCUGCUGCACAGAGCAGAGCAGACAAUCCAUGUUGUUGGCUCUGGCGCUUGUCUGCUGUACAGAGCAGAGCAGACAAUCCAUGUUGUUGGCUCUGGCGCUUGUCUGCUGCACAGAGCAGAGCAGACAAUCCAUGUUGUUGGCUCUGGCGCUUGUCUGCUGCACAGAGCAGAGCAGACAAUCUAUGUUGUUGGCUCUGGCGCUUGUCUGCUAUACAGAGCAGAGCAGACAAUCCAUGUUGUUGGCUCUGGCGCUUGUCUGCUGUACAGAGCAGAGCAGACAAUCCAUGUUGUUGGCUCUGGCGCUUGUCUGCUGUACAGAGCAGAGCAGACAAUCCAUGUUGUUGGCUCUGGCGCUUGUCUGCUGCACAGAGCAGAGCAGACAAUCCAUGCUGUUGGCUCUGGCGCUUGUCAGCUGUACAGAGCAGAGCAGACAAUCCAUGUCGUCGGCUCUGGCGCUUGUCAGCUGCAAAGAGCACAGCACACAAUCCAUGUUGUUGGCUCUGGCGCUUGUCUGCUGCACAGAGCAGAGCAGACAAUCCAUGUUGUUGGCUCUGGCGCUUGUCUGCUGUACAGAGCAGAGCAGACAAUCCAUGUUGUUGGCUCUGGCGCUUGUCUGCUGCACAGAGCAGAGCAGACAAUCCAUGUUGUUGGCUCUGGCGCUUGUCUGCUGCACAGAGCAGAGCAGAAUAUCCAUGUUGUUGGCUCUGGCGCUUGUCUGCUAUACAGAGCAGAGCAGACAAUCCAUGUUGUUGGCUCUGGCGCUUGUCUGCUGUACAGAGCAGAGCAGACAAUCCAUGUUGUUGGCUCUGGCGCUUGUCUGCUGUACAGAGCAGAGCAGACAAUCCAUGUUGUUGGCUCUGGCGCUUGUCUGCUGCACAGAGCAGAGCAGACAAUCCAUGCUGUUGGCUCUGGCGCUUGUCUGCUGCACAGAGCAGAGCAGACAAUCCAUGCUGUUGGCUCUGGCGCUUGUCAGCUGUACAGAGCAGAGCAGACAAUCCAUGCUGUUGGCUCUAGCGCUUGUCAGCUGCAAAGAGCAGAGCACACAAUCCAUGUCGUUGGCUCUGGCGCUUGUCUGCUGCACAGAGUAGAUCAGACAAUCCAUGUUGUUGGCUCUGGCGCUUGUCUGCUGCACAGAGCAGAGCAGACAAUCCAUGUCGUUGGCUCUGGCGCUUGUCUGCUGCACAGAGCAGAGCAGACAAUCCAUGUUGUUGGCUCUGGCGCUUGUCUGCUGCACAGAGCAGAGCUGACAAUCCAUGUUGUUGGCUCUGGCGCUUGUCUGCUGCACAGAGCAGAGCAGACAAUCCAUGUUGUUGGCUCUGGCGCUUGUCUGCUGCACAGAGCAGAGCAGACAAUCCAUGUUGUUGGCUCUGGCGCUUGUCUGCUGCACAGAGCAGAGCAGACAAUCCAUGUUGUUGGCUCUGGCGCUUCUCUGCUGCACAGAGCAGAGCAGACAAUCCAUAUUGUUGGCUCUGGCGCUUGUCUGCUGCACAGAGCAGAGCAGACAAUCCAUGUUGUUGGCUCUGGCGCUUGUCUGCUGCACAAAGCAGAGCAGACAAUCCAUGUUGUUGGCUCUGGCGCUUGUCAGCUGCACAGAGCAGAGCAGAUAAUCCAUGUUGUUGGCUCUUGCGCUUGUCUGCUGCACAGAGCAGAGCAGACACUCCAUGUUGUUGGCUCUGGCGCUUGUCUGCUGCACAGAGCAGAGCAGACAAUCCAUGUUGUUGGCUCUGGCGCUUGUAAGCUGCACAGAGCAGAGCAGACACUCCAAGUUGUUGGCUCUGGCGCUUGUCAGCUGUACAGAGCAGAGCAGAUAAUCCAUGUUGUUGGCUCUUGCGAUUGUCUGCUGCACAGAGCAGAGCAGACAAUCCAUGUUGUUGGCUCUGGCGCUUGUCUGCUGUACAGAGCAGAGCAGACAAUCCAUGUUGUUGGCUCUGGCCCUUGUCUGCUGCACAGAGCAGAGCAGGCAAUCCAUGUUGUUGGCUCUGGCGCUUGUCUGCUGCACAGAGCAGAGCAGACAAUCCAUGUUGUUGGCUCUGGCGCUUGUCUGCUGCACAGAGCAGAGCAGACAAUCCAUGUUGUUGGCUCUGGCGCUUGUCUGCUGUACAGAGCAGAGCAGACAAUCCAUGUUGUUGGCUCUGGCGCUUGUCUGCUGCACAGAGCAGAGCAGAAAAUCCAUGUUGUUGGCUCUGGCGCUUGUCUGCUGCACAGAGCAGAGCAGACAAUCUAUGUUGUUGGCUCUGGCGCUUGUCUGCUGCACAGAGAAGAGCAGACAAUCCAUGUUGUUGGCUCUGGCGCUUGUCUGCUGCACAGAGCAGAGCAGACAAUCCAUGUUGUUGGCUCUGGCGCUUGUCAGCUGCACAGAGCAGAGCAGACACUCCAUGUUGUUGGCUCUGGCGCUUGUCAGCUGUACAGAGCAGAGCAAAUAAUCCAUGUUGUUGGCUCUGGCGCUUGUCUGCUGCACAGAGCAGAGCAGACAAUCCAUGUUGUUGGCUCUGGCGCUUGUCUGCUGUACAGAGCAGAGCAGACAAUCCAUGUUGUUGGCUCUGGCGCUUGUCUGCUGCACAGAGCAGAGCAGGCAAUCCAUGUUGUUGGCUCUGGCGCUUGUCUGCUGCACAGAGCAGAGCAGACAAUCCAUGUUGUUGGCUCUGGCGCUUGUCUGCUGCACAGAGCAGAGCAGACAAUCCAUGUUGUUGGCUCUGGCGCUUGUCUGCUAUUCAGAGCAGAGCAGACAAUCCAUGUUGUUGGCUCUGGCGCUUGUCUGCUGUACAGAGCAGAGCAGACAAUCCAUGUUGUUGGCUCUGGCGCUUGUCUGCUGUACAGAGCAGAGCAGACAAUCCAUGUUGUUGGCUCUGGCGCUUGUCUGCUGCACAGAGCAGAGCAGACAAUCCAUGUUGUUGGCUCUGGCGCUUGUCAGCUGCACAGAGCAGAGCAGACAAUCCAUGUUGUUGGCUCUGGCGCUUGUCUGCUAUACAGAGCAGAGCAGACAAUCCAUGUUGUUGGCUCUGGCGCUUGUCUGCUGUACAGAGCAGAGCAGACAAUCCAUGUUGUUGGCUCUGGCGCUUGUCUGCUGUACAGAGCAGAGCAGACAAUCCAUGUUGUUGGCUCUGGCGCUUGUCUGCUAUACAGAGCAGAGCAGACAAUCCAUGUUGUUGGCUCUGGCGCUUGUCUGCUGUACAGAGCAGAGCAGACAAUCCAUGUUGUUGGCUCUGGCGCUUGUCUGCUGCACAGAGCAGAGCAGACAAUCCAUGUUGUUGGCUCUGGCGCUUGUCUGCUGCACAGAGCAGAGCAGACAAUCCAUGUUGUUGGCUCUGGCGCUUGUCUGCUGUACAGAGCAGAGCUGACAAUCCAUGUUGUUGGCUCUGGCCCUUGUCUGCUGCACAGAGCAGAGCAGGCAAUCCAUGUUGUUGGCUCUGGCGCUUGUCUGCUGCACAGAGCAGAGCAGACAAUCCAUGUUGUUGGCUCUGGCGCUUGUCUGCUGCACAGAGCAGAGCAGACAAUCCAUGUUGUUGGCUCUGGCGCUUGUCUGCUGUACAGAGCAGAGCAGACAAUCCAUGUUGUUGGCUCUGGCGCUUGUCUGCUGCACAGAGCAGAGCAGAAAAUCCAUGUUGUUGGCUCUGGCGCUUGUCUGCUGCACAGAGCAGAGCAGACAAUCUAUGUUGUUGGCUCUGGCGCUUGUCUGCUGCACAGAGAAGAGCAGACAAUCCAUGUUGUUGGCUCUGGCGCUUGUCUGCUGCACAGAGCAGAGCAGACAAUCCAUGUUGUUGGCUCUGGCGCUUGUCAGCUGCACAGAGCAGAGCAGACACUCCAUGUUGUUGGCUCUGGCGCUUGUCAGCUGUACAGAGCAGAGCAAAUAAUCCAUGUUGUUGGCUCUGGCGCUUGUCUGCUGCACAGAGCAGAGCAGACAAUCCAUGUUGUUGGCUCUGGCGCUUGUCUGCUGUACAGAGCAGAGCAGACAAUCCAUGUUGUUGGCUCUGGCGCUUGUCUGCUGCACAGAGCAGAGCAGGCAAUCCAUGUUGUUGGCUCUGGCGCUUGUCUGCUGCACAGAGCAGAGCAGACAAUCCAUGUUGUUGGCUCUGGCGCUUGUCUGCUGCACAGAGCAGAGCAGACAAUCCAUGUUGUUGGCUCUGGCGCUUGUCUGCUGCACAGAGCAGAGCAGGCAAUCCAUGUUGUUGGCUCUGGCGCUUGUCUGCUGCACAGAGCAGAGCAGACAAUCCAUGUUGUUGGCUCUGGCGCUUGUCUGCUGCACAGAGCAGAGCAGACAAUCCAUGUUGUUGGCUCUGGCGCUUGUCUGCUAUUCAGAGCAGAGCAGACAAUCCAUGUUGUUGGCUCUGGCGCUUGUCUGCUGUACAGAGCAGAGCAGACAAUCCAUGUUGUUGGCUCUGGCGCUUGUCUGCUGUACAGAGCAGAGCAGACAAUCCAUGUUGUUGGCUCUGGCGCUUGUCUGCUGCACAGAGCAGAGCAGACAAUCCAUGUUGUUGGCUCUGGCGCUUGUCAGCUGCACAGAGCAGAGCAGACAAUCCAUGUUGUUGGCUCUGGCGCUUGUCUGCUAUACAGAGCAGAGCAGACAAUCCAUGUUGUUGGCUCUGGCGCUUGUCUGCUGUACAGAGCAGAGCAGACAAUCCAUGUUGUUGGCUCUGGCGCUUGUCUGCUGUACCGAGCAGAGCAGACAAUCCAUGUUGUUGGCUCUGGCGCUUGUCUGCUAUACAGAGCAGAGCAGACAAUCCAUGUUGUUGGCUCUGGCGCUUGUCUGCUGUACAGAGCAGAGCAGACAAUCCAUGUUGUUGGCUCUGGCGCUUGUCUGCUGCACAGAGCAGAGCAGACAAUCCAUGUUGUUGGCUCUGGCGCUUGUCUGCUGCACAGAGCAGAGCAGACAAUCCAUGUUGUUGGCUCUGGCGCUUGUCUGCUGUACAGAGCAGAGCUGACAAUCCAUGUUGUUGGCUCUGGCCCUUGUCUGCUGCACAGAGCAGAGCAGGCAAUCCAUGUUGUUGGCUCUGGCGCUUGUCUGCUGCACAGAGCAGAGCAGACAAUCCAUGUUGUUGGCUCUGGCGCUUGUCUGCUGCACAGAGCAGAGCAGACAAUCCAUGUUGUUGGCUCUGGCGCUUGUCUGCUGUACAGAGCAGAGCAGACAAUCCAUGUUGUUGGCUCUGGCGCUUGUCUGCUGCACAGAGCAGAGCAGAAAAUCCAUGUUGUUGGCUCUGGCGCUUGUCUGCUGCACAGAGCAGAGCAGACAAUCUAUGUUGUUGGCUCUGGCGCUUGUCUGCUGCACAGAGAAGAGCAGACAAUCCAUGUUGUUGGCUCUGGCGCUUGUCUGCUGCACAGAGCAGAGCAGACAAUCCAUGUUGUUGGCUCUGGCGCUUGUCAGCUGCACAGAGCAGAGCAGACACUCCAUGUUGUUGGCUCUGGCGCUUGUCUAGCUGUACAGAGCAGAGCAGACUAA